AUGGCGCUCGAUACGCUGAUUGGACCGCAUGCCAACAUUACUGGCCACUACACCACCGCCGCGAUGCAGAAGACCCUCCUGGGGUGCACCGAACAUGUGUUCAAACUCCUCGAAGACCAUGUGGAACACUACGUCUGCAAUGGAAAGUCUUUCCAAGAGACGUGGUCCUCAAUCGAGCAGUCUAAAUAUUCCUGGUGCAAGGCUCUUACCAGACGCAUGACGGGUAUUCUUCCCGCCACUCUGGAAAGCGUCAAGACGAACAUGUACAUCAGUGCCUUGUCGAGAAACCAGGCGGAUGGUCAGGCGGAAGCGCUCAGCAAGGCAAAAGUGGUAGGAGAGACGACGGACACCAAGAGGCGCUGGAACCAGGAUCGUGACCAAGAUGACGACGAGCCCGAGCCUGUGAAAAAGGUCAAGAUCGAGGCAGAACAGCCGACUGAAGCGCAACAGCAAUCGCUUCUUGCCCUCCAUGCGAGAAAGACCACCGCAGGACAGCCUGCCGCAGCUGAGGCGACGUACCCCUCCGAAGUGUCAACGAACGACGCUAGCGCACAGCCUGGUAAUGGCCUAGACCUGGACUCCAGCGAGAUCGCAUCGAAGGCUACGCCAUUGCUCAAGGAAAUGCUUGGUCCCGGAGAGAAGCAGACGGUCAUGCAAGCCAUGGAAUCAUUUCUGGAAACUGAGAUGAAGACUCGUGUCGAAAAGGCAAACAGUGAGAUCGGUCACAAGGCUAGAUUGGAUGCGCGGGAGAAAGACUUGGAGAGGCGAGAGUCAUCUGUGGCGAAAAUGAGCGCGCUUGUGGCAUCGAAGGUUGCCGAGCAAGAUCAGAGCGAGAAGAUGCUGGAGGAACGAGAGAAGAAUGUUCUUGCGGACGAGGAGCAAUUGAAUGAACUGAAGAACGUCCUAGAAGUUCGAGACAAGGAACUGGCCGCGCUGGACAAGAAGCUCACAGCAAAGGCAAAGAAGCAGGACGAGGAGGGCAAGUGGUUAAGAGACGAGGGCCAACAACAGGGACGAAUGAGGGCUCAACUUCAAGAUGAGAUGGUCGAGGCGGACCAAGCUAAGAAGAGAAAGCAAAAGUCGGCCAAGAAGGAGAAAGCAAAGUGGACGAGCGAGAUGACAGAGCGCAUUCGCGCAGAGCUGGUGAAGGGUAUGAACCGUGCAUUGGACGCGGACCAAGCAAAAUGGACGAGCGAGAUGACGGAGCGCAUUCGAACGGAGCUGCUGAAGGGCAUGGAUCGUGCAUUGAACGCAGACCGAUUCCCGUUCCUCUGA